GCCUCUUCUCUCUCUCACAUUUGUGAAGGCCAGCUAAGAUUGAAAACCCUUGCUAGGUAGAAACAAAAUUUCGUACAAUAUCCAUGGGCACAGAACAUGACAUUGGUGAUUACUUAACCCUAGUUUCAAUCACCAAAACCGUGUCUGUACUCCCAAAAGUUUUGCACCCACCAAAACUUCUCACCCUCUCAAACUUGGACAGGCAGAGUCCAAUCCAUAUGUACUUGGUUUUCUUUUACAAUUCUACCUCUGUUGCUCAUCACAAAAUCAACAAUUUGUCGCUUGAUGGUGCUGAUGAUUCGGUUUUCAGAAGCUUGAAGUGUGGAUUGGAAGAGACGCUAUCGGUGUGGUACCCAGCUGCGGGGAGGUUGAGCUGUGAUCACGGAAACAAGCUCAACUUAUGGUGCAACAACAAAGGUGCUGUUCUAGUCGAGGCGGAGACGCUGGUUGAGAUGUCGGAGCUUGGAGACCUAUCACAGUGCAAUGAAUUUUUUGAGAAAUUGGUUCACAAGCCUGUGUUUGAUGAAGACUUCUCAGAGAUGCCCUUGGUUGUUGCUCAGGUGACCAAGUUUGGCUGUGGAGGCUACUCAAUAGGUAUUGGUAUUAGCCACUCAUUGUUCGACGGACCGGCGGCGUAUGAAUUUAUGAGUGCAUGGGCUUCUAAUUCUACCAUAACUAUGAAACAACACAAAGUUUUGGAGAUUCCUAAGUUACCAGUGCACGACAGAGGAACACUAUUGAUGGACAAGUUUGAUGAAACUCCAAAAGGGAUUAGUACAGAGUUACUGCCAAACCGAAACGACGAUGGUUCUGCCGUGGUGACAAGGGCUGCAGCCGUGGAUCAUUUAUACCAAUUGAUCAUGCAAGCAGCAGCAUCUAAUGACCGCAUGAUCAAUUUCCUCAAAAAUGGGUCUAAUAUUUGGAAUCAAAUUAUUGAUAGUAAUUAUGCCCAUAAGACCUUUCAUCUGAGUGGUGCACUGAUUGAGAGUUUGAAGAAAGAAGUUUGUGGUGAUGAAAUGAGCAGCUUUUCAUGUUCAUCCUUUGAAGUUGCGGCUGCUCACCUCUGGAAGACAAAGACCAAAGCUUUUGGAGUGAGGAAGGAAGCAAUGGUGUGCCUGCAAUUUUCCGUCGACGUAAGGAACAAGGUGGACCCCGCACUUCCCCAAGGCUUCAGUGGCAAUGCAUUCGUGCUGGCCUCCGUUGCCCUAACGGCGGCACAGGUGGAGGAAGCCACCCACAAAGCCAUUAUCGAGAAGAUAAGAGAAGCCAAGAAGUCUGUCAACUCCUACGUGAAGGCAUACAUGGAGGCAGUUGGUGGGCCACAGACUACUCUGCCUCCUCUCGACGAGCUCACUUUGGUGUCUGACUGGACCAGAAUGCCCUUCCACAAAAUAGGGUUUUUGAAUGAAUCAGCAGCAUAUGCGUCCCCGUUGGCAUCUUUGAUCCCGCAGGUUGCGUAUUUCAUGCAAAACCCUAGUGAUUGUAAGGGCAUUGACAUGAGAGUCGGAUUGCAUCCGCAAAGCGUCAGCACUUUCUCUCGCUUGUUUCAUCGUUAACGAGCAGUGAAUACGGGCAAAUCCGCAACCUCUGUGGCUAAGCUCGGAUAGCGAAGGAAGCGAGAGAAAUGCUGUUGAGAUUAGAUUAUGUAAGAAUUCGAGUUCGAUUGUCCAAUCAAAUGUACCUAACACAAGACAACUUGCUGAAAUUAUUGUAUUUGUUUGGCGUUUACUUUCUCUUUUUGUUGGUAGUGGGGUGUGAGCUUUUGUCUGAAGGUGUUCUGUGGAAAGAUAAAAUGUUAUAUUAUAUAAUAUGAUUAUGAUUUGCCAUA